CUGACAGGUAGAAUAUACAGGUAAAUGUGUGACGUGAUCAGAGUAAUAAUUGUCAGGGAGGACAGCCGCCAUUACGUGCCACAAGCAGAUCUGAUGAUGGACCCCCGUACCAGUGCCCAGGACGUGAUGCGAUGUGACCUGUGCGAGACUGCCCUGGUACAGAUGUACUGUGACACGUGCCUCGUCAAUCUGUGUAAGGCCUGCGUGGGAGAACACACAUUCUCUGAUGAAUCCAAGAAACAUGAAAUUCUAAGGUUUCGAAAAUCCACCCCCCUCUACCCAGGAUGUACCUCUCAUGACAAAGAACGAUGUGAACUGUUCUGUAAUCCGUGUCACAUUCCGGUCUGCAGUACCUGCCUGGCAUCCAAUCAACAUUUAGGUCAUGAAUUAUUGAAAACAAUGCAAGUAUUGGAGGAGAAGAAAGAAAAGAUCGCCAAAGAGAAAAAUGAGUUAAAAGAAAUAAUUUAUCCAACCUACCAGGGCAUUGUAUCUGAUGUACAAAACAGAAUGAGUCAGUUAGAAAAGAAAUGUGGAGAUCUCUCAACAGCCAUAACAAAACAUGGAGAGGACUGCCACAGAGAAAUUGACAAACUCGUCCAGAAACUGAAAGCUGAAGUGGAGGAGAUGAAAACCACACAGUUACACACUCUACAGAAACAUCUGGAUGAAGUCAACAAGAAAAUCUCUGAAAUCAAUGAUGAAAUCAAUUCAAUGGAUGUUGCUUUGGAUUCUAAUGACACGUCAAAAGUAUUUAGCUUUAUGUCUAAUGUAGAUGAAUACAAAAAUCUUCCACAGAAAAUUCUGUCCUCUUUACCUCAAUUCACCCCAGGAAGAAUUCAAGGAGAAGAACUAUGUAAACUGUUUGGAACUUUAUCAUCCAUUUCUGUCCAAUCAGAAGAACAUGGUUAUAGUAUAAAGACAACACAGAAAUCCCCAGAAGCUGCAUCCUCUCCUGUCAUCAAACAGCUGCUUGAUGAACCACAGACUGUCACCACCAUACACAUUGGGUAUAGAAAUUACCUUAUCAAUGUGGCCUGCCUGAGUGAUGAAGAAAUCUGGACACGUGGAGAAGACAACACCAUGAAACUCUUCAGCAUCAAUCAGGGAUCACUACUCAAGUCAGUGAGAACCAAGUCAGGAAACAUUCCACAUGACAUAGCAGUGACAAACAGUGGGGAUCUGGUUUAUACUGAUUACGAUGAUAGAACUGUGAACAUUGUGAAGAAUGAAGAGAUACAGAAAGUGAUCAGAUUAAAGAACUGGAAACCUCGUGGUGUCUGCAGUACCUCCUCUGAUGGUCUCCUGGUUAUCAUGGACAGUGAUGAUUAUAAACAAUCAAAAGUUGUGCGUUACUCUGGCUCCACAGAGAAACAAACCAUUCAGUUUGAUGAUCAAAGUAAACCUCUCUAUUCAUCUGGUCGUUUUAGCAUUAAAUACAUCAGUGAGAACAGGAACCUGGAUAUCUGCGUGGAUGACUGUGGAGUUAAAGCAGUAGUGGUGGUUAAUCAGGCUGGGAAACUGAGAUUCAGGUACACUGGACAUACUCCUACUCUGAAGAAUAAAUUAUUCUGUCCACGAGGAAUCACCACAGACAGUCAGAGUCACAUCCUUACAGCUGAUGGUAACAAUCACUGUGUCCACAUCAUAGACCAGGACGGACAGUUCCUCUGUUACAUAGACUGUGGACUGAGUGAACCCUGGGGACUGUGUAUAGAUACAAAUGACAAUCUGUUUGUUGCUCAAUGGAGAAAAAAACAAGUGAAGAAAAUCAAAUAUCAGCAGUGAAAUUAAACAUCAGUUAUGUAUCUAUACACAGCAGUGAAAUUAAACAUCAGUGAUGUAUCUAUACACAGCAGUGAAAUUAAACAUCAGUGAUGUAUCUAUACACAGCAGUGAAAUUAAACAUCAGUGAUGGAUUUAGACUGCAGCAUUCUUCUUAUAACUGAAUAUUUACAUACAUUUUGUUUGAAUAACUUUUAUUUCUCAAUAUCAAACCCUAUAUAAAUUACAUGUAUUGAUAAAAGAAACAAAUUAACUUCAUUAAAAUGCAUACAUAAGGAAUAUAUUUCUGGGUAAUGUUUGUUUAAAUGGCAGACAGUAUAAAAUAAUGAUGGACUUCG